AUGAACUAUAUCGAGGAGGACGAGCCAAUCUUCAGGGAGAGCCCACCUCUCCGCGCCACGAGAUAUUCACCAGAACAAUCACCAUCGCCCGAGCUGGCGCUGGAACCUCCGGACCCACUUGUAGGCAGGCGACGUCCGGACCCGGGUAUUACCGUUCUGGGUCUCACAAGCCAUCAGAAUCAUUCCGACUCCAUUGAAGACGCAUGCGAUCAAGAUACUGAGAUGACAGACACUCCAAUACCGCCAGCUCCAGACGAGCCUGCUCGCAGCAAUGAGACCGCCGCCACGGUAGUCGACGAUGAGCCUUCACCUGCAAAGGUGGAUCUAGGGGCGGCGAGCAACGCGAAAGUGUUGCAGGCAACGGCAGCCUUGGUGCUCUCUAGAGACUCCUCGAAUGACUCGAGCGCUCCUCCUAGAAUCGACUCUGCACGCGAUAGCCGGGAAAAGGUGCCGCAAUUGCCCGCGGAAAAGAGGACCUACUCGAGUGAGGCCUCGCCUCCUCUCACUAUUCAGACAAUCCCUCAGCCGCCAGCCCCAGCUUCUGAAGAGUCAUUAGCGAGCUCUCCUAUCCUUCGAAAGCAGAUGAUAGAGGGCAACGCUGCCAACACCCUGCCCGCCGUUUCACCCCAACAGGAAGAGUCUUCAACUGUACCUCACAGAGAGAGCCUUCCUCCCUUUCAUCAACUGGCGUAUCUCGCCGAGACGGCGACACAGCAGGCAACGCAACACGACGUACGCGCUCAGCCUUCAUCUAGUCACCAUCAGAGUCCCUCUUUCGGAUCGAUUGCACAAUCGCCAGUUCAGACGUUUCAUCACCCACAUCCUUUCAGCACCCAGACCUCGCCAACAGCAUACGCCCAUUCAAGCGCAAGAUCGCCGACCAGUACUCUCAGCGAUGGACACCACUAUGCCUCACCGCAGCAGCCCACCCCGCAAGGAUACUACUCGGACAGAAGAUCUUCCACUGCUACAGAAGGUAGCCGGCCUUUCUUGGCCAACAUUCCGUCCCUACCCUCGCAGUCGUCUUCAGGGGAUAGCUACGCCACCAACGCCAGCUCGGAUGGACACAGUACUUCGCACACGGCCUCAAUCAAUGAGCAUAUGGAUCCCAACGGACGACUAGUACUGCCUCCACCACCUGGUAUGAUUACCAUACCAACUGGUAGCUUCAAGUGCGACUUCGAUGGCUGCACGGCACCACCUUUCCAGACACAGUAUCUUCUCAGUUCACACCGAAACGUGCACAGUCAGAACCGCCCGCACUACUGUCCCGUAAGCGACUGUCCGCGCAGCGAGGGCGGCAAAGGCUUCAAGAGGAAGAACGAAAUGAUCCGGCAUGGUUUGGUGCACAACAGUCCGGGGUAUGUAUGCCCUUUCUGCCCGGACCGAGAACAUCGAUAUCCCCGGCCGGAUAAUCUUCAGAGGUGAGUAAGGAAGCUUAUGAUAACAGCGUGCUGACCUGACGAGAGGCUGACGUGUGUGACACCUGCAGACACGUGCGUGUCCAUCAUCCAGACCGAAACCGAGACGAUCAGGCGCUGCGGGACGUCUUGGCCCUGAGGCAGGAAGGCUCGGCGCAGAAGCAGCGGAGACGGAGGACGCAAAGUACGACUGAUGCACCUCCGGACGCGGCGCCGUCGACUGCGCCAGCGUAG